AUGGAUAUUUCAAAGCCUGUUGGUUCUGAAAUUGUUUCAGUUGACUUUUGUGCUUUAGAAACUGAUGAAGUUCGUCGUCGUUCUGCUAAACAGAUUACCAAUCCAACAGUUUUCGAUAACUUAGGACAUCCUGUUAAUGGUGGUCUUUAUGACUUGGCUCUUGGUGCCUUCCUUAGAAACUUAUGUACCACUUGUGGGUUGGACGAAAAAUUUUGUCCUGGUCAUCAAGGUCAUAUAGAGCUUCCAGUGCCAGUGUAUAACCCAUUAUUUUUCAACCAAAUGUACAUCUACUUGAGAUCUUCAUGUUUAUACUGUCAUCAAUUCAGAUUGAGUAGCUUGGAAGUACACCGUUAUGUUUGUAAAUUAAAAUUAAUUCAGUACGGUUUAUUGGGCGAAGUUUUUGAAUUGGAUAACAUGUUAGUCAAGGGUAAGAGUAAAUAUGAUGUCUCAGGAGAUGACGAUGAAGAAGAAUUCGACAGUACUUCUCCAGAAGCCAAGCUGGAAUUAAAAGAGAGAAGAGAAUUAUUUGUGGAUACUGCCAUUGCCAAGGCACUCAGUGAAGGUAGGACUAGUGUCCAUGGUAUCCAUACUGCUUCUGUGAUGGAAGAAAGAAAAAGUACCAUUCAUGAAUUCUACAAGAAAAUCUUAAGUAGACCUAAGUGUGAUAACUGUUCAAUGUAUUCACCAACUUUUAGAAAGGACGGUUUUGUCAAGUUAUUUGAAAAUGCCUUAAAGGACAAACAAAUCACCAAUAACAGAGUUAAAGGUUUCUCCAGACCUGAUAUGUUAAGACCUGGUGCAAACAAGAAGUCUACUAUUAAUGAGAACUCUUCAUUACCAAACUUGAAACACAAGAGUGGAUCCAAGUACGUUUUGGCCACUGAAGUUAGAAACAUUUUGAGAGCUGUUUUUGAAAAGGAACAGCCAAUAAUUCAAAAAUUGUUUAAUUCAAGACCUUCAAAAUUUGCAAACAAGAUUACGGCUGAUUUAUUCUUCGUCCAAUCUUUGGUGGUUCCACCAACUAGAUUCCGUCUUCCUUCUAAGCUUGGAGACGAAAUUCAUGAAAAUUCUCAAAAUGAAUUGUUAUCUAACAUUUUGAAAACUGCAUUAAUUAUUCGUGAUUUAAACGAUCAAAUCUCCAUCUUGCAACAAAAGGGUAAGGGAACUGCUGAAGAUAAGAGAAUUACUUUCAACAGAUUGAUGAACUCGUUUGUCACCAUCCAAAACGAUGUGAACGCCUUUAUUGAUUCUACAAAGAAUCAAAAUGCUCAAGCUGGUAAGAUACCAAACCCUGGUAUUAAGCAAGCUUUGGAGAAGAAGGAAGGUUUAUUCAGAAAAAAUAUGAUGGGUAAGAGAGUUAAUUAUGCGGCAAGAUCUGUCAUUUCGCCAGAUCCUAUGUUGGAAACGAAUGAAAUCGGUGUGCCACCUGUUUUCGCCGUCAAAUUGACUUAUCCUGAACCUGUUACUGCUCACAAUGCAAGCGAAUUAAGACAAGCUGUUAUCAAUGGUCCCGAUAAAUGGCCCGGUGCAAUACAAGUUCAAAAUGAAGAUGGUCUGUUAGUAUCCUUGAUUGGAAUGACUGUAGAACAAAGAAAAGCUAUUGCCAAUCAAUUAAUGACCCCUUCAAAUGGAAGUAAUGGAGGUGUGAUAAACAAAAAGGUUUAUAGACAUAUUAAGAACAAGGAUGUUGUCAUUAUGAAUAGACAACCAACAUUGCAUAAGGCCUCUAUGAUGGGACACAAAGUAAGAGUUUUGCCAGGAGAAAAAACAUUAAGAUUGCAUUAUGCUAAUACUGGUGCUUACAAUGCCGAUUUUGAUGGUGAUGAAAUGAAUAUGCAUUUCCCUCAAAAUGAAAAUGCAAAGGCAGAAGCUUUGAACUUGGCAAAUACUGACAGUCAAUAUUUAACUCCAACUUCCGGUUCUCCAUUGAGAGGUUUAAUUCAAGAUCAUAUUUCCGCUGGUGUUUGGUUGACGAAUAAAGAUACAUACUUCACUAGAGAACAAUAUCAACAAUUAAUUUAUGGAUGUAUUAGACCUGAAGAUGGACACACCAAUGGUGAAGCUAGAAUUAAGACUGUUCCGCCAACCAUCUACAAACCUCAGAUGUUAUGGACUGGUAAGCAAGUUAUUACCACCUUGUUGUUAAAUAUCAAACCAAAGAAUGUUCCAGGUAUUAAUUUAACCUGUAAAAAUAAAGUUAAGGAUGAAUAUUGGGGUGCUGAUUCCGAAGAAAAUUUAGUCGUUUUUAAGAACGGUGAAUUGAUAUGUGGUAUAUUAGAUAAAUCUCAAUAUGGUGCUUCUCAAUACGGUUUAGUACACUCUUUGCAUGAAGUUUACGGACCAGAUAUUGCAGGUAAAUCUUUAUCUGUCUUGGGUCGUUUGUUCACCAACUAUAUCAUGCAAACUGCAUUUACAUGUGGUAUGGAUGAUUUAAGAUUAACUGAAGAAGGAAAUGAAUGGAGAAAAGAUAUAUUGAAAAAGUCUGUUGAUAUUGGUAGGGCUGCGGCAGCUGAAGUCACCAAUUUGGAUUCUGGCGUAUCUUCUCUGGACAAGGAAUUGUUGAAGAGAUUGGAAGAAAUCUUAAGAGAUGACAAUAAAUUGGGUGUUUUAGAUGCUAUUUCACAAUCUAAAGUCAAUGCUAUUACUUCUCAAGUUGUUUCCAAGUGUGUUCCUGGUGGAACUAUGAAGAGAUUUCCUUACAACAGUAUGCAAGCUAUGGCUUUAUCGGGUGCUAAGGGUUCCAAUGUUAAUGUUUCUCAAAUUAUGUGUCUUUUAGGUCAACAAGCAUUAGAAGGUAGAAGGGUUCCAGUCAUGGUCAGUGGAAAGACUUUGCCAUCAUUUAAGCCAUUUGAAACUGAUGCCAGAGCCGGUGGUUAUAUCAAAGGCAGAUUUUACUCUGGUAUUAGACCACAAGAGUAUUAUUUCCAUUGUAUGGCCGGUCGUGAAGGUUUGAUUGAUACUGCUGUUAAGACUUCUAGAUCUGGGUACUUGCAACGUUGUUUGACUAAACAAUUAGAAGGUGUCCACAUUGGGUACGACAACUCUGUCAGAGAUGGAGAUGGCUCAGUACUCCAAUUCCUUUAUGGUGGUGACUCUAUUGAUACAACUAAACAAUCGCAUAUGAAUCAAUUCGAGUUUUGUGCUGAAAACUAUGAUGCCUUGUUAUCUAAAUAUAACCCGGGUGAAUUAACUGAACAUUUGGACACUGAGACUGCAUUGAGUUAUGCUAAGAAGGCGCGUAAGAACUUGAAGAAACAAAUGGAUAAACCUCAUUACGAACAGACCGACAAAUAUGACCCAGUCUUAUCCGUAUACAACCCUGCCAAAUAUUUGGGUUCUGUUUCUGAAAAAUUCCAGGAUAAUUUAGAUGAUUUCAUAAGCAAGCAUGGUGAACUAUUUGCUUCCAAAAAGGAUUCUAACAGUAACAAGAAGUUAACUGAAAAGAAAUUCCGUGCCCUUAUGCAAUUGAAGUAUAUGAGAUCAUUGAUUCAUCCAGGUGAAUCUGUUGGUAUUAUUGCUUCCCAAUCUAUUGGUGAACCAUCAACUCAAAUGACUUUAAAUACAUUCCAUUUUGCUGGUCAUGGUGCUGCAAAUGUUACUUUAGGUAUUCCACGUAUGAGAGAAAUUAUUAUGACUGCUUCUUCAGCUAUUCAGACUCCACAAAUGACUUUACCAAUUCUCAAGGAUGUCAACGACGAUAUGGCCGAUUCAUUCUGUAAAUCAGUUGCAAAGGUUGUCAUGUCUGAGUUUCUUGAUAGAGUUAUUGUUACCGAAACAACUGGUUCUUCCAGGGGUGGUGACGAUUCUAGACUGUAUGCUAUCAAGAUGUUAUUCUACACUAAAAAAGAAUAUGAAGAAGAAUAUGAUAUCUCUCAACAACAUUUAGAGCAUGUCAUUAUGACAAAGUUCUUGAAAGCGUUAGAAUUACAAAUUACAAAGGAAGUUAAGAAGCAACGUAGAACAGAUUCUUUACCAACCGUCGGAAAGGCAGUUUCCAAGGCCAUGGAUGUUGGAUCCGUGAAGGUUUCUGAUCUCGAAAAUGACAUUGAAGGUGAUGGAGAUGCAUCAGAUGAUAAGUUGAGAUCUAAUGGAAAGCAAGCCGUGUCAUAUGAUGGACCAGAUGAUGAAGAAAUCGAAACAAUGAAGAGAGCUGAAGAAACCUCAGAUGAAGAAAUGGAUGAUGACUCAUCGUCAACUUCUGAUUCUGAAUCUGAUGACAGCGAUUCUGAAGGUGAAGAAGAAGCAGUCCCAAGUAAGGUUUCGAAGGUACUUUCAAAGUCAGCUAAAGACCGUCAAGCAGAAGUUAUUUCAGCGCACAACCUCAUCUCUUCAUUCAACUUUGAUGACGAAGCUGGUGAAUUCUGUGAAUUUAACUUAGAAUUACCAGGAGAUACCCAAAAGUUGUUGAUGGUCAACAUUGUCGAAGAUAUGUGUAGAAAGGUUGUUGUUAGAGAAAUUCCUCAAAUUGGUAGAUGUGUUCAUCCACAGCCAGACGCCAGUGGUAGAAGAAUUCUCACCACUGAAGGUGUUAACUUCAGAGCAAUGUGGGAACAAGAUGACUUUAUUGAUGUUAAUGGUAUAACGUCUAACGACAUUGCAUCUGUAUUAAAGACAUAUGGUGUUGAAGCAGCUAGGAAUACUAUUGUUAAUGAAAUUAACAAUGUUUUCUCCACUUACGCCAUUGUUGUCUCUUCUCGUCAUUUAGAUUUGAUAGGUGACAUGAUGACUAGAGAAGGUUCAUACUUGGCUUUCAAUAGACAAGGGAUUGAUACGUCAACAUCUGCUUUCAUGAAGAUGUCCUAUGAGACCACUUGUCAAUUCUUAACUAAGGCUGUUUUGGACGGAGAAAGAGAAGACUUGGAAUCACCAUCUGCAAGAAUUGUAUUGGGUAAAUUAUCCAACGUUGGAACUGGUUCUUUCGAUGUUUUUGCAGCAAUGCCUAAGAUCGAAUAA